AGGUGAGGCGAGGCGGGGAAGGCCAGUGUUGGAGGACCCGUGGCUGGAGCAACAGCAGAAGAGGCUCGGCGUGUGGAUCUGAUACCGGAGUGAGCCUCGUCGUGACUGCUGUCCCUCCUGCGACCACGCAUGUCAGGGUGUCGCUCUGCUUUAUCGACGCAGCGUCAGUGUUAGCGGCGGCUCCGUGGCGGCCGCACUUCAGUCCUCCCUCGCCCUCCUGCUGGUGUUCGUGGCGUCGCGCCUUCGCGAGGGAUUCCCUCCCUGUCCUCCCUCGACACUCCCUUAUUCCCUCACGAGCCCCUUACGUGUGCCUGUCCUUGGAUCAGGUUGUCCCCGGCGCUAAUCUCCUGCCGAAGAUCCUGCCGACGGCGUGGCACCAGCGCGCGCCGCAGUGUGUCUGUCCUUCAGGAGCUGAUUCUUGUGUCCUGAGUGUGCGACCGAAAGCCGCCGAGUUUUCCUUCUUCGCCCGCCCGCCGCCCGCCGCCGCCGCCGCCGCCCCAGCCUCGCCAUGGCGCCCAACAAUAAGCCCCCGCCCGUGUGUGUCCCGGACAUCGGCCCUCACCCACGCCCACAGGAGGAAGUGGAGAAAGCAGAGAAAGAGGAGAAGGUGGGCGUGAGUCCCACGACGGGCGUCCUGCUGUGCAUCGCCAACAUGCUCUACUGGAACCUGAUGCUGUCCUCGGAGGUCCCGCCCGACCCCCGCCAGGACUCGUGGAUCCUGAUGAAGUCGCAGACGCCGACGCUCAUCAUGUCCCUGGCCUACAUCUUGGUCUCCACGUGGCUCGGCCCGAAGCUCAUGGAGAACAGGAAGCCCUUCGAGGGCCUCCGCCCCUUCAUGGUCGCCUACAACGCCUUCCAGGUCGUCUUCUGCACGUGGCUGGUCUUCGAGCUGGGGAUGGGCGGCUGGUUCGGCUUCUACUCCUUCCGGUGCCAAGCCUGCGACUUCUCCGACGACCCGCGAGCCACGAGGAUGCUGCACGCGACCUACUGGUACUACUUCUCCAAACUCAUCGACUUCCUGGACACGAUUUUCUUUGUGUUAAGGAAAAAAUAUAGCAUGAUCUCCCUUCUGCACGUGAGUCACCAUGCGCUCAUGCCCGCCUGCGCAUGGAAUGGAGUGCGCUUCCAGCCAGGAGGGCACAUCACCUUACUCUGCAUCCUCAAUUCCUUCAUCCACGUCGUGAUGUACGGCUAUUACCUGCUGGCAGCGAUGGGCCCCCGGGUGAGGCCCUACCUGUGGUGGAAGAAAUACCUCACGACCAUGCAGAUGAUUCAGUUCGUUAUCAUCUUCGUGCAUUCAUUCCAGAUGCUGUUCAUCGACUGCCCGGGCGUGCCCAAGGCGGCGUCCCAGCUGGUGAUGGGCCACUCCCUGCUGCUGCUGCUGCUCUUCGGCAACUUCUACAUCAAUGCCUACAGAGGCAAAAGGAACAGGGAGGUGAAGGACAAGCCGUACGGGAUGUGCAGCGAAGGCAACACCCUCAUACCCAAGGCGGCGAAUGGGAACGCGACCAAGUUAUCGGCAGACGUCCUCGUCACCUCCGAGGUCGAGGGUCUUCGUCCUCGCAUAGUCCCCACCAGGAUGUAGUGCUUCUUCCUGUGUCCUCUUUACUCUCCCUCCUCCUCCUCUUUCACUCUCCUCUUCCCUCUCUUCUCCCAUUUCGUGGGCCAUUUUAUCUAAUAGCGUGUGUAGUCCGAGGCAAAAGUCUAUGGAUAGAGUGUAUUUCGGGUUCUGAUUUUUAGAAGGUGAAUUAUAUUAGUAUUUCGAAGCUUCAUUUAUUGCUACACGACUUUUGCCCCAGACUGAACUUCUAGAUACGUGGCCGCCUCUCGUCCCGCACAUCCACCUAUCCAUCCAUACACCCAUCCCUACUCUGUCUAAUCGGUCUGUUUGCACAUUGUAACAUAUAUAAAUAUAGACGAAUAUAAAUAUGUAUAGGAAAUCAAAGGCAGAGCUACUUUACACGAGUACAUAAGCCUAAGACUCGAACCGGGUGAUUUCUGGCGCAGUCAGACUCAAGACAAGAAGAUGAGAAGUAAAAGUCUAUAAAAGUGACCUUCAACACUGUUCGACGGUGCUUCUUGCAUUGCUUAGUGUAGUAAGAGUAGUUCUGUUGAAGGCGAAGUUAAGAAGAAGGAACGCAAGAGGAAAGGGGGAACAGAAGGACCAUGGGAUGGGCGAAGAGACAAGGCAGAGAGAAAAAAAGAAAAGAAAAAAGAAGGAAAAAGUCCGGCAUUGAAACGGAUCAAGAUAGAGGCGAGGGUUAACAGAAGAAGCAGAUAAGAAAACUGGGAGAGAAGCAGAAAAUAACAGAAAAAACACAGAAGACACGACAAGAACGUCCCCUCCGUCUUGAAGAUUCAGAGGGAGACACAGUAGGAGACGGAGAGUGUUCGUUCCCUCUGUCUUGGAGAUGGCAUUAGAUUCUUUCCUUUGUUUCACUCGCUUUUCCUUUAUUUAUGGCUGAAAUGCACAGGAUUCUGUCUUUUCUUCACUGGCUACACGAUGUUGAUAGAAUUGCACGAGGUAAUUCUUAUCGCGUAGAGGAAGAUGUCUCAGAUCUCUCACUAGAGCCGCUAGAGUCUUUUGGGAGUCGAUGUCACGUCUCUGUAUUCACGUGAAUUCGCCAUGUUAUUGCCUUAUCAUUUCCAGCGUCCAUGUACAUUAUGUUUAGCUAAGGGACUUUAUCUUUUAGAUUGAAAAGAAAGAUCUGCGCUCUUCCUUCCCUUUUCAGGAGGGUUCUGUCAGGCACUUUUUUGUUGUGGAUUUUUAUACCAAUUGGUACCUGCAAUCUGGGACUUAUAUGAAUUUUCGCAAAUCAACGAAACCUAAAAAAACAGAAACUAUAUUAUGUGGAUUUUUUUUUCGCUGCCUUUUCUAAGUUAUGCCAUGUCUCGAUCAAUGCAAAUAUUAUUCAGGAAGUAUUAUUGUUAAAUACUAUUGUUUAUAUUUUAUUCAAUGAUGAUGCAUGAGGAAAAUAUAACAUUGUUUAUACCAUAA